UCAAAUGCUGUGAAAUUAGCUUUUGGAGUUAAACCUACUCAGUUAACCUUGGCGUUCUCAAAAAAAUUUGUGACACUUUGAUUACAAUUUCUUCAACACUUUAUUUAUUAAAUUGUUUGAUUGUAAUAAUUUUAAUUAUUUUUCCUCAUUAGUUUGUGAUCUUGUGAAUUCAGCCCUCUUCAAAUUAUGUCUGGAAUAGUGCAGAGCAUCAUUCAUCAUUGUAAAAAGACUCCAGCAGUUAUCCCAAUUGUUAUAUUCAGCGGUGGAGCUGCUCUCAUGGCCGGUUCCUAUCUUAUGAGGUUGGCUUUACAAACACCUGACGGAGUCGGUAUUAUCAAUAGACAAAGGGAACCUCACAAUCGGUAUCAGAAUAAAAACUAUAAGUUUUUCACCUAUUUCGAUGCUGAAAACUAUGAGCACCCUCGACCACGAUACGAUUAAUUGGAAUAAAAUGGUGCAGCAAAAAUUACUAGCAUAUAAAAAAAUCUUAUUAGUUAAAACAAUAUGUUGUGUACAUUAUUCUAUUAUGUAGAGCUGAUUUCAAUUUAAUGAAUAAGAAAUUGAGUGAAUAAGAAAACCAAUCGUAUAUUCAAUAAAUUAUUCAAAAUGAGGA